AUGCUGGUACUAGUAGAAACGGCAGCAGGGUACGGGUUAUUCAAAGUUGAGAAUAACAAAUUGAUUGAAUCGGACGUAAAAGAUAUACAGAAAUGCUUUGAAAACUCAGAAGAAGCAAGGAAGCAUAUAUCUCUUUACAGCUUUAGUAAAUUUAAAAAGUUUCAGAAGGCUUUUGAUGAAACGAAUAAAUUAAUUGAAUCUAAGUUAGGAAAAGGGUUAAAAAAAUUUUUAAAGAAAAAUAUUUUGAAGCCUAAAUUAAAUGAAACCUUAGCAUUAUGUGAUAAAACAUUAGGAGGAAUAAUAAAAAAAAAAUUUAAUAUUAAUGUAACAUAUACAAAUUCAACCCAAGAAAUAAUAAGAGGAAUUCGAACUCAUUUAUAUGAGCUUUUAGUAGGUGUAAAAGAAGAAGAUUCGAAAUUAUUAAAAUUAAGUUUAUCUCAUUCAUUAAAUAGGUUCAAGUUAAAAUUUAGUGCAGAUAAGGUAGAUGUUAUGAUUGUUCAGGCAGUUGGAUUGUUAGAAGAUCUAGAUAAAGAAAUAAAUGUAUUUUCUAUGCGCUUAAAAGAAUGGUAUGGAUGGCAUUUUCCUGAAUUAGGCAAGGUUAUAACUGAUAAUAAAAUAUAUGCAAAAUGUGUUAAAUUAAUAGGUUUUAGAAAUAAUGCAAAGAAUAUAAAUUUAUUAGAAGAAACUACAGAAGAUAUACAAAAGGAAAUAAAACAAUUAGCAGAAAUCUCUAUGGGUACAGAAAUAGAAGAUGAUGAUUUAAAUUGUAUUAAUGAGUUAGCAGAUAGACUGUUAGAAUUAACAGAUUAUAGAGAAUCGUUAGCUACUUAUCUAAAAUAUAGAAUGAAUACAAUAGCUCCUAAUUUAACAUAUUUAGUAGGUGAUUUAAUAGGUGCAAAAUUAAUUGCAAGAGCUGGGUCAUUAAUGUCAUUAGCUAAACAUCCAAGUUCAACUUUACAAAUUUUAGGUUCAGAAAAAGCGUUAUUUAGAGCCUUAAAAACUAAAUCCAAAACCCCUAAAUAUGGAUUGAUCUAUCAUGCAACUUUAGUUGGUCAAGCUGCUCCAAAAAUUAAAGGAAGAAUAAGUAGAUCAUUAGCAGCUAAGUUGUCUUUAUGUACUAGGGUUGAUGCCCUUGGUAACUUUGUUGAACCCUCCAUAGCUGUAACUUGUAAAGCCCAUUUAGAAAAAAGGUUAGAAUAUAUAACAAACAAUUUACAAAAAAAUAUGAGCAAUGCUUCAAAUAAAUCCAAAUUACAAUCCCAAAUACAACAACAAGCCAAAUAUAACCCUAAUCAGACGAAUGGAAAUCAAAAUAAUAGUAACAGGUUUAACAAAAAUAAUGAUUUCCGAUUUAAGCGAGAGGCAGAAUGGAACAACAAAAAGUUUAUUAAGAAACAAAAGAGGAAGUGA